AUGUUUCACCCUGUUUUUCAUUCCCCCCCUGUCUGCAAUCAACUUCUCCAUUCCAAUAAGGCUGGGCACAGAUUGGUGUUAGUAUUAGGAGAUCUUCACAUUCCACAUCGAUGCAACAGCCUCCCAGCCAAAUUCAAAAAACUGCUGGUUCCAGGAAAGAUCCAACACAUCCUCUGCACAGGAAAUCUCUGCACCAAGGACACUUAUGACUACCUCAAGACUCUGGCUGGGGAUGUUCAUGUUGUCAGAGGGGACUUUGAUGAGAACCUGAAUUAUCCUGAACAGAAAGUUGUAACUGUUGGACAGUUCAAAAUCGGGCUGAUUCAUGGCCAUCAGGUUAUUCCUUGGGGUGAUAUGGCCAGCCUGGCACUGCUACAAAGGCAGUUUGAUGUGGACAUCCUAAUUUCGGGACACACACACAAAUUUGAGGCAUUUGAACAUGAAAACAAGUUCUAUAUCAAUCCAGGAUCAGCGACAGGAGCUUAUCAUGCCUUAGAGAACAACAUCAUUCCUUCAUUUGUGCUGAUGGAUAUCCAGGCUUCUACAGUAGUGACAUAUGUCUAUCAACUAAUUGGAGAUGAUGUGAAAGUAGAAAGAAUUGAGUACAAAAAAUCUUAAAAAUGUUUUUGCUUGUCUGGUAUUUUUACCAUCUCAUUCUGAACUGCAAGAAGUUAUGACAAUACUUGAUUGGUAGUUUACAGUAUUACACUUACUCGCUAACAGCUUAAUAAUGUAGCUUAUUGGUAAUAACAUUAAAACAGCAUUGUGUUUGCUUUUCUCUGUAUAAGUUGAUUUGUAAAAUAUGCCAUUAAAAUAACUGUUUAAAUACUGUUCCUUUAUGUUGUAAUAAACUCCACUUCAUAGAAAAA